AAGUGGGGAGUAAAGGCAAACAAUGGCGGCCACAACUUCCUUCGCAGCAGCGGUGCCGUCAGCUUCAUCAUCCCUCACUAAAACCCUAAAAUCAGACUCCACAAAUCUUAGUCCGAACCUAGGAUUUCUAUCUUCCAAGGCCUUUCAGUCUCUCAGAGCUCGAGUAUUGCCCGCUAGCAGCGUCGGCGGAACUGGUUCAGCUCUCGUUGCAAGGAUGGUGUCUACUCCACUGAUUAAGCCCCCCGCUCUUCUCGAUUUCGAAACCUCCGUCUUCAAGAAGGAGAAGGUCUCCCUCGCUGGUCACGACGAGUAUAUUGUGAGAGGAGGACGGGAUCUGUUUCAUUUGCUGCCGGAUGCUUUCAAGGGGAUUAAGCAGAUUGGUGUUAUCGGUUGGGGCUCACAGGGUCCUGCUCAAGCUCAGAAUUUAAGGGAUUCUCUUGUGGAAGCAAAAUCUAAUAUUGUGGUCAAGAUAGGUCUCAGGAAGGGAUCCAAGUCAUUUGCUGAAGCUCGUGCUGCUGGGUUUACCGAAGAGAAUGGGACCCUGGGAGAUAUAUAUGAAACCAUUUCAGGCAGUGACCUUGUCAUGCUUUUGAUUUCCGACUCAGCCCAGGCUGACAACUAUGAGAAAAUAUUCUCACACAUGAAGCCAAACAGCAUUCUUGGACUUUCCCAUGGGUUCCUUCUUGGUCAUUUGCAGUCCCUGGGCUUUGAUUUUCCAAAGAACAUUAGUGUGAUUGCUGUGUGUCCUAAGGGAAUGGGCCCAUCCGUGAGGAGACUCUAUGUCCAAGGCAAGGAGGUAAAUGGUGCUGGAAUUAACUCCAGUUUUGCAGUCCAACAGGAUGUUGAUGGUAGAGCCACAGAUGUUGCCCUAGGAUGGUCGGUUGCCCUUGGUUCACCUUUUACUUUUGCCACUACACUUGAGCAAGAGUACAAGAGUGACAUCUUUGGGGAGCGAGGAAUUUUGCUUGGUGCUGUUCAUGGAAUUGUGGAGUCCUUGUUUAGAAGGUACACUGAGCAUGGAAUGAGUGAGGAUCUGGCUUACAAGAACACUGUUGAGUGUAUUACUGGAAUUAUAUCAAAGACCAUUUCAACUCAGGGUAUGUUGGCUGUGUACAAUGCCUUGUCAGAAGAUGGGAAAAAGGAAUUUGAGGCUGCAUACAGUGCCUCAUACUAUCCUUGUAUGGACAUUUUGUAUGAGUGCUAUGAAGAUGUAGCCAGUGGAAGCGAAAUCCGCAGUGUUGUGUUGGCUGGGCGUCGCUUUUAUGAAAAAGAUGGUCUACCAGCUUUCCCUAUGGGUAAGAUUGAUCAGACUCGAAUGUGGAAAGUUGGUGAGAGAGUGCGCUCAGUACGGCCAGCUGGUGACUUGGGUCCGUUAUGCCCCUUCACUGCUGGUGUGUAUGUGGCUUUAAUGAUGGCACAGAUUGAGAUUUUGAGGAAGAAAGGGCACUCAUACUCGGAGAUCAUCAAUGAAAGUGUGAUUGAGUCAGUAGAUUCUUUGAAUCCCUUCAUGCAUGCUCGUGGAGUUUCAUUCAUGGUUGAUAAUUGUUCAACCACAGCACGUCUAGGAUCAAGGAAAUGGGCCCCAAGAUUUGAUUACAUCAUCACCCAACAGGCGCUGGUGGCAGUGGACAAUGGUGUGCCCAUCAAUCGGGACCUCAUCAGCAACUUCCUCUCUGAUCCUGUGCAUGGAGCCAUUGAGGUUUGUGCCCAGCUGAGACCAACUGUUGACAUCUCGGUGCCUGCAGAUGCAGAUUUCGUUCGCCCAGAAUUGCGCCAGUCUAGCAACUAAAUUCCGGAGAUGGUUAGCUUGCUCGGGAUGUUUCAUGGUGUUUGAAUCUAGGUGUGUUAAAGAGUGCUAUCUUGUUUUUUUUCGGUUGAGUCUUAUCCAAAAUAUCUAUCGCAGUAUAUGUUGUGUGCUAGAGCAAUGGAGACACAAGAUCAUGCACUUCCUAUUAGUUAUUUUGGGACAAUAAUGAAUUAGUAUUAUGAAAAGUGAUGGACUCCCUGGACAAGAUCAUGCACUUCCUAUU